AUGCAAAAGUACGAGAAGUUAGAGAAGAUAGGGGAGGGGACGUACGGAACGGUAUUCAAAGGCAAGCACCGGGNUUACGGCCAAAAAGUGAGCGCAAAAUCGAUGCAAAAGUACGAGAAGUUAGAGAAGAUAGGGGAGGGGACGUACGGAACGGUAUUCAAAGGCAAGCACCGGGAGACCGGCGAAGUGGUCGCUCUUAAGCGGGUCCGACUGGACGACGAUGACGAGGGCGUCCCUUCCAGUGCGCUCCGGGAGAUAUGUCUACUCAAAGAGCUUAAGCACAAGAAUAUUGUCAGAUUACAUGACGUCCUCCACAGCGAGAAGAAGUUGACGCUUGUCUUCGAGCACUGCGAUCAAGACCUUAAGAAAUACUUUGAUAGUCUGAACGGCGAGAUCGACGCCGAUGUGGUCAAGAGUUUUAUGUAUCAACUGUUGAGAGGACUG